CUACUUUUUUUUUUCUCCAUGACGGGCCUUCGCGGAUCUGCCCACGUAUCUAUACCCCGUGAUCGCCAAAACAACAUAACAAAGUGGGGGAAAGAUGGCGAGCGGAGAGGAGGCUAGACGCCCCUCUGUUUCUUCCUCUUCGGUCCUCGAGGACCUGUUCCCUGCCGGAGGAUCAGAGCAAGUAUGCGGGGAUGGGAACCCUGAGCUCGUGCAACUGCGAGAGCGUCUCCAAGGCUGGCUAUCGCAAUAUGAGCCCUUGUUGUUAUGGUUGCAGAGGCUGCUUGUUUGGGAGAGGCCGCUCUACAGCAUCUUUGUUGCUCUCACGCUCAAUACCUUGUUCUGGCUUCUGUCUUCGACGUCCCUCCGUCCUCUCUUCCUCCUGAGUCUUUCCAUUCUAGGGCUCAUGCUGCUGGAGAGAUGGAAGGAUAAGUUACCUCUUACAACUGUUCAGUAUCCUGAGGCCAACCCAAUGGAAAGAGAGACCAUGAAUGUGCAACCCCGGCUCCUCAGCAUUCCAGAGCUCAGCCACCACCUGGCGGAGAGCUACCUCUACUGCUGCCUCUACAUCCAGGAGAUGCUGCAGUACAAAAGGCAGAACCACAGAAAGUUCUGUGCCAUGAUGUGCUCUGGCUGUUCUGUGCUAGCCGUGGUGGGACACUACGUACCAGGAAUCAUGAUAUCCUAUAUCAUCGCGCUGAGUGUGUUGGUGUGGCCACUGGUGGUGUACCAUGAGCUGAUCCAGCGGAUGUACACAGGCCUGGAGCCCAUCCUGAUGAAACUGGACUACAGCAUGAAGGGAGACACGCAGCACCGCAAGCACGAUAAGAGGAAGGUGAAGAAGGAGGUGGAGGAAGGGGAUGAGCCCAGGGCUGAGACGGAGAGCGAGAGCGAGGAGGAGCUGUCCUGCUUUGCCCCGCUGGUGGAUGCAAAGACCACAGCCCUGGCAAUGGCCAUCACCGACUCGGAGCUGUCUGACGAGGAAGCAUCCAUUUUGGAGAGUGGAGGGUUCUCCGUAUCCAGAGCUACCACCCCACAGCUCACAGACGUCUCUGAAGACCUGGACCAGCAGAGUGUGCACAGUGACCCAGAGGAGGCCUUCCUAAGGGACCUGCCUGAAUUCCCCUCAGUUGACGAGUUCCCCUCCAUCGAGCACAGCCUCCUCCACUUCCCGUUACGUGGCCCCAGUCAGGGCCAAGGGCACGGGGCUGCGGCUGGGGGAGGAGAGCCCUCGAAGGGGGAGCCCAUGAGCCCGGCCAGCCUCCUCAUCCAGCACCUGGCCUCCCCGCUCCACUUUGUCAACACACACUUCAACGGACAUAGACGGCCGCCAGGUGGGGACCAGGGACCACUGCUGGGGGCUGGGAGAGUGGAGGAGGUGGUGGAUGGGGGGGAAAGGGAGUCCCAGGCCCCGAGGCAGUCACUGGAAGCCCUGAGUGAGGAGAUCGUGAACACGGCAAUCUCCACCGUGGUGCAGAACACUCUGUCGGCCCUGCUGCGCUCCACUGAGGCCAGCAAGGGCCCCUCCAUUGCAGAUUUCCUGCCCACCGACACGCCCCCCAGCGCCCUGGAAAGCCCCCCCGCCCCUGUCGCCGAGGCAGAAAAGGACCAGGAUGCGGUCACUGCGGAGACCGAGGAGAGGAGUGCCGAGGAGAUGCCGGACGACACGUUUGUACCGACCGAGGAAGAGGACUUUGAGAUUUUGGACCAAAGUGAACUGGAGCAGAUGGACGAGGACCUGCUGGGUCUUCUCAGUCCUGAUGGACAGGGGGUAGUGGGAGUGGCCUCUCCCACAGACACACCCCCAUCUCCAACGCACCAACCGGAGUCCUUCUAGCAGCCUCAUCACCGCUCAUUCCCAACUGUUUUGUUUUAUGUAGAUAUACAUUAUACAGAUAUAUACAGUACCAGUCAAAAGUUUGGACACGCCUACUCAUUCAAGGGGUUUUCUUUAUUUGUACUGUUUUCU